UGGAGAGCUGCAAGUGAACAUGAGGCUCGCGUCCUUAAUGAUGUACAUAUCUCCGCCGCUCAUAUUUAUUUUGUACGUUUGUGUCGGGCGUUCUGACGCUGCGCCCCACGAUGCGUCGCCUCUUUCCGGGCAGCCCGGCGCAGCCUCUCUCACCUGGGGGAGCUCCCUCACCGACGUGCCUGGUCCUGGACCGGAGAGCCGGCUCGCUCCCGGGUCUCUCAUCUCACUCACGCCGUCGCCUGUCAUUGUUUCCGGGGGCCCGACCGCCGCUCCCCCCGCUGCCGCCUUCCAGCCUCCUCCAGCGGACCCGACUACCGGACUAACCCCGGCCGCCGCGAAGGCGCAGAUCCCGGCGCCGCUUCCCAGGUCCCCCGGUAAGCGGUCCACCGACGCGCGGCCGUCCUUGCUCGCCCCGGAGAAGAGGCUGCAGACCCUGGGGUCCGCGGGGUCCGUGGUGGCCCAGCGCACGGACAACGACGCCUGGGCAGCAGCAGAUGGUACCGCCGGCCCGGCUGCAGCCUCCGUAGAGAGUCAAGAGGCUCUCUGUAACUGCAGCAGUGGUGCUGAGGGGGUCCUGGAUCCGGACGAGUGUGACCGGCCCAGCGGCCAGUGCUCCUGUGUGCUGGGCUACACCGGCCUGCAGUGUGAGGACUGUGAGGAGCGCCACUUCACCAACGGCUCCAGCGGCUGCCUGCCCUGCGCCUGCGACUCCUUCGGGGCCGUGAACCCCCUCUGCGACAGCUCGGGGACAUGCGUGUGCAAGACGGGCGUGUACGGCCCGAAGUGUGACGAGUGCCACCCGGGCUUCUUCCACUUCAGCAGCACGGGCUGCCGGCCCUGCCAGUGCCAGAGCCACAGCAGCUCCUGCCUCCCCCAGUCCGGAGCGUGUAUGAACUGUGAGGGCAACACCCAGGGAUCCAACUGUGAGGAGUGUAAGCCCGGUUCCUACCGCGGCCCCGGAGACGCCCCGACCGCCGCCUGUGCACCGUGUCCCUGCUCCAACGCCACCUCCACCGGCACCUGCCACGCUGGUCCCGGUGGCCCCCCGCGGUGCGAUCAGUGCCUUCCUCCAUACGGGGGUCCUCACUGUGACCGGUGCAGCGCCGGCUUCUCCAAAGCGUCCGGCCUCUGCGUGCCGUGCGACUGCUCCGGGAACGCAGACCCUCAGGGGCCCCCCCAGCUGUGUGACCCCGACACCGGCCGGUGCCUCCGCUGCAGCAACAGCACCACGGGGGCCCAGUGCCAGCUCUGUGCCCCGGGCCUCACGGGGGACGCCCGGGCCCACAACUGCACCCGCCCAGCGCUCCGGCUCCUCCCCACACCGGCGCUCACGCCCUCAUCGGAGGCCCCCCACCUCCACCUCCAGCACCGCGACCUCCAGCACCAUGACCUCCAGCACCUCCACCUCCAGCACCAUGACCUCCAGCACCUCCACCUCCAGCACCAUGCUGACCUCCGCCACAGCCAGGGGCGUCCCGACCUCCACGUCCAGCAGCAACACCAGCACCUCCUCCUCCUCCUCCUCUUCCUCCACCACGCAGGCGCUGCUGACCAGCCCGGGCGGCCCCACGGACAACACCACCGCCGCCCUGACGGAGGUCUCCUGGACGCAGUUCAACAUCAUCAUCCUGGCCGUGAUCAUCCUGGUGGUGCUGGUGCUGCUGGGCUUCGUGGGCGGCGUGUACACGUACCGCGAGUACCAGAACCGCAAGCUCAACGCGCCCUUCUGGACCAUCGAGCUGAAGGAGGACAACAUCAGCUUCAGCAGCUACCACGACAGCAUCCCCAACGCCGACGUGUCGGGCCUGCUGGAGGACGAGGCCAACGAGGUGGCGCCCAACGGCCAGCUGGCGCUCACCACGCAGGGCAACUGCUACAAGGCUUAGGCUCCGCCCCCCCCUCUGAACUCUACACGAGCGCCGCUGGACAGCACCAAAUCCAAAGCUCCUUCAUGUACGCCUGCUGGUCUGAGAUCAGAUGCAAUCAACGAUGUGGAAAAGAGACGUGGAGCGUGUUCCCUGAUAUGACCUUGAACCUUGACCCUGGUCCAGGAAUUACCCUGACCCUGGUCCAGGACUUAUACUGACCCCUGGUCCAGGAAUAACCCUGACCCCUGGCCCAGGACUUACCCUGGUCCAGGAAUAACCCCUGGCCCAGGACUUACCCUGGUCCAGGACUUACCCUGGUCCAGGACUUACCCUGACCCCUACUCCAGGACUUACCCUGGUCCAGGACUUACCCUGACCCCUGCUCCAGGACUUACCCUAACCCCUACUCCAGGACUUACCCUGGUCCAGGACUUACCCUGACCCCUGCUCCAGGACUUACCCUGGUCCAGGUCUUACCCUGGUCCAGGACUUACCCUGACCCCUGCUCCAGGACUUACCCUGGUCCAGGACUUACCCUGACCCCUGCUCCAGGACUUACCCUGGUCCAGGACUUCCAGGUGCCCAGCAUUUCACAUGUUUUUAAAUGACUCUUUUGACACUUUAAGUUAUAACUGAUCCAAGACAAUGAUUGUUAUUUAAUGAAUUUUUAUUCCGUUGUUAUUUAUUGGUUGACGUUUCAUUCUCGGGAGGAAAAGCUGCACACGCGUGUGCGUGUGUUUGAAUUCAUCGUGUUUUGAUCUUGUGUCCCAUGGCGAUUUCUAGAUUGCCCAAUAUGUUUCCAUGUAUAGUUUCUGUGUGUUUGGGGGAAGAUGACCUCAUCGCUGUAGCUUCCUGGGGAGUGUCUGUGGUUUGAGGGGCGUGGCCAUGGGGAGUGUCUGUGGUUUGAGGGGCGUGGCCAUGGGGAGUGUCUGUGGUUUGAGGGGCGUGGCCAUGGGGAGUGAUUGUGGUUUUAAGGGGCGUGGCCACGGGGAUUGUCUGUGGUUUAAGGAGCAUGUCUGUGGUUUAAGGGGCGUGGCCACAGGGAGUGUCUGUGGUUUAAGGGGCAUGUCUGUGGUUUAAGGGGCGUGGCCACAGGGAGUGUCUGUGGUUUUAAGGGGCGUGGCCACGGGGAGUGUCUCUGUGGUUUGAGGGAGGUGGCCAAGGGGAGUGUCUGUGCUUUAAGGGGCGUGGCCACGGGGAGGGUCUCUGUGGUUUGAGCGACGUGGCCAAGGGGAGUGUCUGUGCUUUAAGGGGCGUGGCCACGGGGAGGGUCUCUGUGGUUUGAGCGACGUGGCCAAGGGGAGUGUCUGUGCUUUAAGGGGCGUGGCCAUGGGGGUGUGUCUGUGGGUUUAAGGGGCGUGGCCACGGGAGUGUCGGUGGUUUAAGGGGCGUGGCCACGGGGAGGGUCUCUGUGGUUUGAGGGAUGUGGCCAAGGGGAGUGUCUGUGGUUUUAGGGGCGUGGCCACGGGGAGUGUCUGUGGUUUUAGGGGCGUGGCCAACACUCCUGAGACUUACUCCCUUCAGGAAGCUGAGCAAAGCCUUUGAAGCGGGACAUUGAUCUGGAGGCGGGUCCUAAGUGAGUUUGAGUGACAGCUGUCAGACUUCCUCAUGCAGUGAACUAUGGAACUGACUCCUCAGGUACUGGCUCCUCCCCCAAUGUGAUCACUGUACAUAUGAUUAUUGUACAGAUGAAUGUGAAUAGUAAGCACUAUUAUUAUUGUACAGGUAGAAUUCUGUGAUGCUCCGCCCACAGCUUCUCUUUUUAUUUUGGUUUUCCCCGGUAGACUUUGGCCAUGAACGCAGCAGCGUGACCACAAACGCACCCUGAACACAAGAGUGACAUGAUGUAAAUAAUAACCCCACAAAUCUGAGGUCCACUCAAAUAAAGACGUUUUAACUGUU